AUGAGCAAAACCGAAUAUCUUCUUUUAAAGAUGAUACCAGAUCAUGCUGGCCUAAUGGUUCUUGUUAUCGGCGGAGUCGCCAUCAUUCGUCUUUGGUUCUGGGCGUAUAUGGCCAUAAAGACCAAGGCUACAUUCCUCACCGAGAUCAUCCCCAAGCACGCUGGCCUGGCAUUCUUUGUUCUCUGCUCACGUCCGUUCCGACCUACAAACGAUACGAGAAUCGGUCACAACGCCUUGCAAUCGGCAAGCACACAAAGGGCGUCCAGCUGGACAAGAAGUGGCCGUCCGAGUUGGCUACGGUGA